GUCCACAUUAGAGCGUCUACCAUUUUGUUACGAUUCGAGUCGUGCUUGAACUCCUCUGUUUGCACACCAUUUUGCCUGAUCUUACGACUCGCACGUUUUCGGAGUAUUUAGGAGCUAAUUUUGACGCUGAUUGCAGAUAUCUCAGGCACUGCUUAAAAGAAAAUUACACUAGAAUCAUGUCGAGUGGCAGUGGGGAUCACGAGGAUGAAGGAUAUGUCGUUAAAAUGCGUGGGUUGCCGUGGUCCACUACUGUGGACGAAAUCAUGAAGUUUUUUGGCGACUGUUCCAUUUCUAAUGGCAAGAAUGGUGUUCACAUGACUAUGUCUCGUGAGGGACGCCCCAGUGGCGAGGCUUAUGUAGAAAUGGAUACUCCGGAAGAUAUUGAGAAGGCUUGCAAAAGAGAUAGGGAUCAUAUGGGCCAUCGUUAUAUUGAAGUUUUUAAAGCAAAACGUGGAGAGAUGGAAUGGGUUGUGAAGAGGAGCGGCCUUAAUUUGGAAAAUGCAAUGGAUGAUGGUUGCGUGAGAUUACGUGGCCUGCCAUUUGGUUGUUCCAAAGAAGAAAUUGCACAAUUCUUCUCAGGGUUGGAGAUAUUGCCGAACGGGAUUUCACUACCGACAGACUACACGGGCCGCAGUACUGGGGAGGCUUACGUUCAAUUUGUUAACAAAGAUGUUGCGGAGCGCGCUCUGCAGAAACACAAGGAAAAGAUAGGACACAGAUAUAUCGAGAUCUUCCGAAGCAGUUUGUCCGAGGUACGCGCGAGUAUCGGGCCGAAAAUGCGCGGCGGUCCUAUGGGCGGCUUCAAUCAGAGGCCCGCGCCAUACACUCGCGGUGAUCGCUUCGGCGGGAUGAAUCGCUUCAGCAACAAUAGCAGAGGAUCCAGAAAUAGAGGUGAUUCCUUACAUCAUCUAUCGAAGUAUGGAGACUAUCGCGCAGGAGAAAACCGUAAUAGAGAAUUAUUAUACAAUACACGUACAAAUUCAUUACACUUUGAUAGCGGCCCAUGGGGAAGUGGAAACAAUUACGGAUCUCGAGGCAAUAUGGGGAUGCGUGGCGGUAUGGACAUGAAGGGCAAUAAUUACAGAGGCAAUAAUGACUCUUGGGGCGGUAAUUCUGGUGUUCACAGUAUUCAUAUGCGAGGACUGCCAUUCAAGGCGACAGAACAAGAUAUAGCUGAUUUCUUCAGACCAAUCGAACCGGUGAAUGUCCGCAUUAUUCUUGAGAAUGGCGGUCGUCCAUCGGGAGAAGCUGACGUGGAAUUCGCAACUCACGAAGAAGCCGUAAAAGCAAUGUGCAAGGAUAAAAGCCACAUGUCACACAGAUACAUUGAACUGUUCCUGAACUCAACUGGCGGAUCGAGUGGCAUGUCACUAAGUGGUAUUGGCAAUUUCUGUGGAGGUUUAGGUAACAACUUCAGGCCAGGAUAUUCGCCAAACAACAGAGGCUUCAACUCGCAAUUGGGCGGUAAUAAUUACAAUAGUUUUUGAGACUGGGCAAUGCGUUUUUAACGCUAAAUAAACAAUGAUUAUAAACAUUCAAAGAAUCAAAGUGAUCAUUGGUGAAAUGAUACAUUAAAUCACACUGAUGCAAUACAUGAUUGAUUGCGUAUACGCGACAA